GCACCUCCACCUCCUCAAACUGCUCCGCCACUGAUACGAAGACGAUCAUCUGCCAAUUACCGCGCAUAUGCCACAGAGCCACAGGAAAAGAGAAAGCCCAAAAUAACUGCAUCCCGGAAACUGCAGCUAAAGGGUCUAAUGCUGCAAAUUGCCAAAAGUGAAAUGGAACGCGAGGAAGAGGAGAGAGCCCGUGAGAAGGAAAGGUUCUUGGCAGAACACUGUGAGUCCCUGCAACUCUCUGGCUUGUCCCGAUCAGAGCUGCAGGACUUGUGCCGGGAGCUUCAUGCAAAAAUUGAUGUAAUUGAUGAACAAAGAUAUGACAUGGAUGCCAAAGUGAACAAAAAUGUUAAUGAGAUUGAAGACUUAAAUCAGAAGAUUUUUGAUCUCCGGGGCAAGUUUAAACGUCCACCACUCCGUAGAGUGCGCUUGUCUGCAGAUGCCAUGAUGCGUGCGUUGUUGGGCACCAAACACAAAGUCUCCAUGGAUCUACGUGCCAAUCUCAAACAAGUCAAACAAGCCAAGAAAGAUGAUGCAGAUAAGGACAUUCGUGAAGUAGGGGACUGGAGAAAGAACGUUGAUGCCCUCAGUGGAAUGGAAGGCAGGAAAAAGAAGUUUGAAUCAACUGGUGCUGUCCAAGUUUAGGU